GGCGCAACAGGGGACGGUGCUUCUAUACUGUGACAGAUGGCUGACUGUACAUCGCACAGCGGGCGGCCACUGCACCGCCAGAUACACUACUGCUGUACUGUAGGUGCUGUAGGCAGGUUGUGAAUGGAGAACACUGCACAUGCUACAUCUCACACAGACAGCAUUUCACCAGAUACACUACUGCUGUACUGUAGGUGCUGCAGGCAGGUUGUGAAUGGAGCACACUGCACAUGCUACAUCUCACACAGACAGCAUUUCACUUCACGGCGAGGCAGGACCUCAUCAGCUUUGUUUUCAUAUUUAGACGAACCAUCUGCACUUAGGGCAAGGGGAAGAGGUGAUCGACAUACUCUCGGUCAUUGUUCUUCCGCGUGUUAUUCCUGGAAGCCGACUUGUGUCUUUCAAGACCCACUUCUUGACUCCUGGAUAAUUAACUUCUGGUUCCUGGACAGGUGAAGACAACACGGAGCCUUCCUCUUCCUCUGUUUGUUCCACACUCAUGCUACUGCCGACAUAGACACUAACAAUGACCGUCAUCGUCACCAUCGUGUGCAUCAUCAUCCUCGCCCUCUGCUCUAGUGGUGUAGUCGGUGUACCAACCAACCAUGAUGACUUUGUCGCUAACCCCGUGCAUCCUUCGGAGGAAGCUAUUCGGAAGAUCCUGGCUACCUAUGAUGCUAACGUACCACCCAACUUUGAGGAAGAUAUUGCCACCCGGGUCACCGUGCAGAUAUACGUCGUCAGUUUUGAUUCCAUCAGUGAAUCGACCAUGGAUUACUCACUGACGAUCUUCCUCCGUCAAACAUGGCUCGACACACGCCUCAGAUACGACUCCCUGCCCAAUAUAGAGGCGCUGGAGUUGGACACACGCAUCAUGUCCCAACUCUGGGUUCCCGAUCUCUUCUUCACCAAUGAGAAGAGAGCCGACUUUCAUGCAGUCACGGUGCCAAACAAACUGAUGCAUGUAUAUCCUAACGGGACAGUACUGUAUAGUGCCAGAAUAUCGAUGACACUCAGUUGCGACAUGCAGUUACAGAAAUACCCGUUUGAUGACCAAGUGUGUUCAAUACUCCUAGAAAGUUAUGGCUACUCGACGAAGAACGUCGUCUUUGCGUGGCACGAAAGCCCAAUAGUCAAAAGGAGUGACCUGUCCCUACCUCAAUUUGACCUCGUUGGCUGGACCACCGACGACUGCACUAAAACAUACGUCAGUGGAAACUACACGUGUAUCCGAGGGGAUUUCCAGCUAUCCCGCAACUAUGGCUACUACAUUGCACAGGUGUAUGUCCCAAGUGUUCUCAUAGUAAUCUUAUCCUGGAUGUCUUUCUGGCUGGACAUUGAUGCAACGCCUGCUCGCAUCUCAUUGGGCCUCCUCACAGUCCUCACCAUGACAACACAGAGUUCCGGUGCACGUGCAAGCCUCCCACGUGUGUCCUAUGUCAAGGCCAUUGAUGUAUGGAUGGCCAUGUGUUUGGUGUUCGUUUUUGCAGCCCUGCUUGAGUUUGCUUAUGUCAACGUCAUGGCAAGAGUCGAGCGACGUCGCCAGACAAUAAGCGGAAACUACCGACCUCCAGAGUCGGGGGAGGAAUUGGGCGUCGAGCUUGAAAAAGAAAAUGGUACGCGAGCCCAGGUCCGAGGGCGUCGUGGGCUGUCAAAGGUUUCAGUAAUGAGACAAAAGGCACGAUUAAUGGACAAGAUAUCCCGCUACGCCUUCCCCGGGGUGUUCCUGGGCUUCAACAUUGUCUACUGGAUGGUAUACAUGCUAUGGGAGAACUCAAAUAGCCAGUAGUGUCAUGGUCUCCAGCAGAUGACAAAGUUACCUCCCUUUAAUGGAUUCUGAUAUACGGAAGUGCUACGAAUACCUCGCAAUGAAAGCUCAAUGUCAGCCUGCUAUUUACCUAGUAGAUAGUUCUGCAAUAUGGAUUGCCUUCCGUAUAAAGCAACGUGUAUCAGAAUCGCCAUGUGGAUGUGUGUAGAUGUGAGGUGUGCUUCCUGAAUCGACAUAUGGGUGCUAGAGUUCUCUCCCAUUAUGUGAUUUCACAGAUGUUGUGAACAGUCCAGAACGCUCUCAGUGGUGCGUUACAUUGGAACAGAAUUCUACUUGCAUGUAUGUGAUGCGUAUUCUAUGGAUGGGUUUCGAUUUACAUCAAACGUGAUUGAAGUUUACCAUUUUUUAAGUUUAUCUUUCUUGGAUUGAAUUAUUUCUUACAGAGACUACCAUACACGACAAGCUGUGUUUAAGAUGUUUUACAGACAUUCAUAUCACACAGUGGCACCUUCAGUUUGUGGUGGAACACGUCCCUGUUUGACUAGCCCCAGAGGGGAGAUGAUAGAAUAUCCUGCUUUGGAAUACUUCAGAUAAUACUACAGAUAUAAUAGGAACUGAGUUAUUGUACACAUGAAAUUCAGUAGGAAGUCGUAUUAAUGCAAGUCCCACCUUCACUGAACACACACUUGUUCUACUUAUCUAGCGACUGGUUUUCUCAAAGACCAUUGUUCACUGUUUCCGAUGUUUUUUGUCGGUGACUGUAAAGCAUGCAGGGCGUGUAUUUUUAGAUUUCAAACAAUUCGUUCUUCAACCCUCCUUACAAACAUGGAUGUUUCUUUCAUGUUGACUUCGGUAUACUGUAAACCGAAAAUAUGACAGAUUAUUGAUUGCAUAUUUCAUUAUUUUUGUAAUAAAUAUUGACGGAAUGUUA